CCCGGGCAGCAGCUGCAGCGGAGCGGCCGCGACAGCGACAGCACCGGCACAGCCCCGCAGCAACACCGCAGCGCUCACUGCACAGCACAGCCCGGCCCCGCAGCAACACCGCCGAACUGCCACCUAAACCUGCCGCGGCAAAAGGAAAAUGGAAACCAUGCACGAGCUGAUCCCCUUCGCCAAAGAAAUGCUCAGCCAGAAGCCCAACAGGAAGGUGAUCAAGCUCUACAUGCUGGGCAGCGUGCUGGCCUUCUUUGGGGUGGUCAUCGGGCUGGUGGAGACCGUGUGCAGCCCCUUCAGCUCCGAGCGCAGGCCGGAGGAGGAGGAGGAGGACAGGAACAAGCCCGCGGCUCCCCGGCAGCAGCGGCUGCCGCAGAAACGGGAGGAUUUGGUGCUGGGCAAAGGCAAGGAGCCUCCGGCGCUGCACAGAGCCCUGGUGACCCGGCACCACGCGUCCUAGGCCGGCUCAGCGCCGCGCACAGACUCCGCCCGCCCAGGUGGUUCCAGCACGGAGAGAAGGCUCGGCUGAAGGAGGCUGCACGCGAGAGGCUCGCCAGAAGUGAAGGGGUUAUAUUUGCUGCUGUGCAGCAGUGGGAAAAAAUACCUUUUGUUGGUAUAAAACCCGUGCAGGACGCACAGCACGGUUUCUUAUUUUUUUCUUACGGACGCAUUUUACAGCCUUUUGCAAGAUCAAUAAAUGUUUUAUAUGGUACCGGC